AUGGAUGACAUCAGCGUAAUCACGCAACGCUUCGAUAACCUCUUACAUGAAUCUACCGAUCAGGCUGAGAGCCCGUCAACAUCACAAGAUGCGCAACCACUGCAAUAUGACAGAAUACCACGGGGUCGCAGCAUCAGGGUCCUUGAUCUGGCUCCCGGCACAUGGGACGAACCUGUCAAUUGUUCCCUAAGAACAGUUCAUUUGGAUGAUGACGACCCUCGCUACGAAGCGAUCUCAUACGCCUGGGGCGAUCACAACGAUCGGAAGCCAGUUAUCUGCAAUGGAUACGCCAUCACCACAACACGCAGUCUGUUCGAGGCUCUUCAGCGCUUCCGACACGUCAAUACCACAAGGACGCUCUGGGCCGAUGCACUGUGUAUAAACCAAGCCGAUGGCGACGAAAAAACACUACAGGUGCGGCUGAUGAGUUAUAUCUACACAAAAGCUGUUCGGGUACUUGUGUGGCUGCAACACGAUGAUGAUCGAAUAGUCCAGGAUUCCUUAAAUGCCAUAUGCCGAUUUGUAUCUGAAGAAAAUGGCUUUGGUACAUUUGGAGGCUCGGAUAAUGUACUGAAACCGACGCCCAAUAUAAUGUAUCGGUGGCUCGAUGUAGACGUCACUACCGUUAGCGAAAUGGAGUCCUCCGAAGUUACUGAUGUCGCUAUUGAUGCUCUGCAACUUGUCUGCAGCUCACCUUGGUUUAGUCGGGGAUGGGUAGUCCAGGAAGUGGCAUUAAGCACUUCGGCGUCAGUGUUUUGGGGUCACAGUGAAAUCGACUUUGAUUGGCUGGGUAUCGCGGUUUACUGUGUCAUCGACAUAGAUGCUUCCAGGUUAAGCCUAGAAAUGGGCUAUUGCCAAUCUCUCUCUUCGGUGUGGAGCAAUGCACGUCGCUCCCGUGGUCUACGGCAAUCUCUUUUCAAUUUGAUUGCAUUAACCAGCGGCUUCAUAUUCGGUGAGCCAAAGGACAGAAUCUACGGGCUACUGGGGUUGAAAACAUUCGAGUGCGAUCUCGCAGAUGGUCAAUCUUUCAUUGACCCCGACUAUAAUAUUACGACUAUGGAAUGCUAUCGCAGGGUUGCAGCAAAACUUCUCACUGAGUGGCACGACUUUAGGCCACUUUCCUGGAUGCGCUCCGUUCCACAGUCAGCUGAAGACUGGCCAUCAUGGGUGCCGGACUGGUAUCAAGACUUCAAAUCCUCGUUUGCGGGGUUUGAACAUACGGACUAUCAAAAGGAAGAUAUCUCGGAUCAUAUUCAAGUAUCAGAAACGAGUCUUGGUGGAGUUCAGUGCAUCGAAAUCUCAGGUUUCAAGGUUGACACGAUAAACCGAGAAAUCAAAGAAUAUGUCACCUUGUUAGAUUUCGACGACGACGAUGACGUUCGUUCCGUGUUGGAAGCAUUUCAAGCCUUGCUUCGCCGCUUGGAGCACAUAUAUGGCCAACAGUGUCUUGCGUUCACCUUUGGCAACUCCCAAAGGUAUCUACCGCUAGAUGCUGUCCGUAUUAUGAAUCUUUCAAGCGAAUACGGCGCAUUCUUGAAGAGAGAUUUUGUCCAAGACAUCUAUUCGCCGACUGGAUCAUGGGUAGAUGACGAAGACGAUUCCUUCGUACCGAGCGCGGACAGAUUCGUUAGCAGGUGCUCUCGUGAUGCAACUGAUCGUUGCCUUUUCAUUACUAGCACGGAAAUGUUAGGCAUUGGUCCUCACGCCAUGAUACCAGGCGACGUCGUGGUCAUGUUACACGGUGCCGAGGUACCCUUCGUUCUCAGGCCUGUGGACAACGGUCUCUGGAGGCUUAUAGGCGAAUGCUACCUCUACGACGUCAACGAAGGUCGCGUUCAUCGAGAAUGGAAAGAGAAAGGUAGCGUGUCUGAGAAGUUCACUAUCUGCUGA